AUGGAAGUAGAAGAUAUUAGAAAAAAUUAUAUGUUAAAUUUUACUGAUGAAAAAUAUCAAAAAUUUCUUAAAGAUAUAAAUAAUGAAUUACCAACGCCUGUUGGCUUUCGUUUAGCUGAAUCACCAUUAUUUGUUAAAGAUGAAUUUCGUGAUAUACUUAUUGCUGCUGGUGAUCAUAUUAUAAAUUUUAUAUUACGUUCUGAUUUUAAACAAAUUACAGAACAAGCUAUUCCAGAUAAAUGGCGUUGUCCAAAUGAAAAUACUCAUCCACAUAUAAUUACAAUGGAUUUUGGAAUAUGGAAAGAUGAAAAUGAAAAUUUAGUACCAAGAUUAAUUGAAUUACAAGGAUUUCCAUCAUUACAUGCUUUAGCAGCUUUUUUAGAUGAUAAUUAUCGUAUAAAUUUUAAUAUUCCUGAUAAUUGGUCUGUCUUUUUUAAUGGAAUAGAUAAAACUCGUUAUAUUAAUUUACUUAAAGAAAUUAUAAUUGGACCUUAUCAACCAGAUGAAGUCAUAUUGAUGGAUGUUAAACCACAUGAGCAACAUACAGCUGUUGAUUUUUAUCUUACACAAAAAUAUCUUGGCAUACCUAUUGUUGCAUUAAAUGAUUUGAAACAAGAAGGUAAAAAAUUAUUUUAUGAGCAAAAAGGUGAACGAAAAUUAGUAAAAAGAAUUUAUAAUCGUCUUAUAUUCGAUGAAGUUGAUGAUGAU